AUGGCUGGGCCGGGGCCCCGCUCCGCGGGGAAGCCGCUGCUGGUGAAAAUAGUGAUGGCCGGGGAGUCCUGCGUGGGGAAAACCUCCAUCGUGAGGAGGUACACGGAGCCCGGGCCGCCCCGCGCCGCCUCCUACAUCGCCACCGUCGGCAUUGAUUUUAAAGUAAAAACAAUAACAUUUAAUGAUACAACAGUGAAACUUCAAAUAUGGGAUACUGCUGGUCAGGAACAAUUCCAUACAAUUAGUACUAGUUAUUUUCGUGGAGCACGUGGCUUUGUUCUGGUCUAUGACAUAACAAACUCAGACAGUUUUCGAGGUAUAACAAGCUGGAUGAAAGAUAUACACGAGAAAGCAGAUGACGAGGUGGAUAUAGUAUUGUUGGGUAACAAGUGUGAUAAGGAGACAGAACGUGUAAUUCCAAAGGAUAGAGGAGAAAAGCUUGCAUGGGAAUAUGGUAUACCUUUUUUUGAAACCAGUGCUACAAAUAACAUAAAUAUUGAAGAUGCCUUUUCAGUAUUGGUCAAGGAAAUAUUGGACAAGAAUUCCUGCGUAUUGUGUGACUUAGAUGUGGUGGAUCUAAAUGAAAGUAAGAAAAAGAGAACUUGCUGUCAGUUAUGA